AUGUCAAAAAAUAAAUUUUCAAUUGAAAAAAUUUCAAAUGAAAAUCUUGAAAAUCUUAAGGAGUUAGCAAUCGAUUGGAGUCUUGCUCAUGGAUUAGCAAUUAAAUCAAACAGCAGUGAUAUAAACAACAAACUUAUUGCCACGGCAAUAGCAAUACAUGCUCCAGUCUCGUUAGUUCCAUCGCCAUUUCCAAAAGAACUUUUUCAGACUGCUUUAGAAUUACAACCAAUUUUCAAUUUACUAUUUCAUAAAAUAUCUGAAGAUCAUGAUUUUAUAUCAAAUGUCAUAGAAGAUAUUAUAAAAGUGGAUGAUUUUAUUAAAAAUUUAUAUGAAAUCUAUCUUAAGGUCAGAAAUGAAGGUGUUAAACAGACAGUUUCUUUAGGAUUACACAGAUCAGAUUAUUUCUCACAUUCUCUUCCAAAUUCAAAUCAAUCAAAACUUUUACAAGUUGAAUUCAACACUAUUUCCUCAUCAUUCUCCAGCCUUUCAACAUUAACUGAUUUAUUCAAGAAAUCAGAUGAUUAUUUACUUCCUGAAAAUGAAUCAAUGGAUGCUAUACCAGAAGGAAUUGCUGCUGCUCAUAAGAUUUAUGGAAUACAUUUAAUUCGUAAAACACUUUUAGAAAUUCACGAAGAAGGAAAAUUGGAUGAAAAGACAGGAACUUUAUUAAUUGGUGAUAAAGAAAUUGCCGUUACAUACUUUCGUGCAGGUUAUGGACCUGACCAUUACCCCACUCACAAAGAAUGGGGUGCUAGACUUGCGAUAGAGUGUUCCAGAUCAAUAAAAUGUCCAACCGUUGCUUACCAACUUGUUGGUUCAAAGAAAUUUCAACAAGUGUUAUCAAAUCCUGGUAUUUUAGAAAGAUAUUUAUCAGAUUCAUCUGAUGUCACAAAAGUUCGAUCUUGUUUUGCAGGUUUAUAUCCAUUGGAUUCUUCGCCAGAAGGUGAAUCGGCUACAAAACUUGCAUUGGAAAACCCAGAACGUUUUGUCAUGAAACCACAACGUGAGGGUGGUGGCAAUAAUAUUUAUGGAAGUGAUAUACCACUAGCUCUGAUGAAUCUAUCAAAAAGUGAACGAUCAUCUUACAUUUUAAUGGAUUUAAUAAAACCACCAUCGGUUAAAAAUAUUGUUAUUAGAAAGGGUGAAUUGAUCAAAGAGGAAAUGAUAUCUGAAUUGGGAAUUUUUGGUUUUUUCUUAGGUGGUAAGGUUAUCAAGGAUGUUGAGCAAGAAGACAAAAUAUUUGUAAAUAAAACUGCCGGCUAUUUAUUAAGAACAAAGGCAAAGGAUACUAAAGAAGGCGGUGUUGCUACAGGCUUUUCU